AUGGCGGAAAACAGUGCAGAGAUCGAAAAUAUCAGCAACCCCGAUGUCUUGACCAAGUACAAGACUGCUGCGGGCAUUGCGCAGAAGGUCCUAGAGGAAGUUUCAGGAUGGUGUCUGCCGGGAGCCAAAAUCGUCGAGCUGUGCCAGAAAGGAGAUGCGCUCCUCGAGUCCGAGCUGGGACAGGUCUACAAGAACAAUAAGAAGAUCAGCAAGGGCGUUGCUACUCCCUGCACCGUGUCUCCCAGCUCCUACGUCACCCCUUUCACUCCCCUCGUCUCGGACACCGAAGAUGCGGCGAUGGAAAUCAAGGCAGGCGAACUGGUCAAGGUUCAGCUUGGAGCACAGAUCGAUGGUUACGGUGCGAUAGUCGGCAAUACGAUUGUGGUUCCGGAAGAGAAAGGGAAGAAAGCCGAGGUCACAGGAAGAGAGGCAGACCUGCUGCUGGCCACAUACUACGCCAAUGAGCUCCUGCUGCGGCUAAUGAUCCCUCCUGGACUCCUGGCCACCGGGACAGACGAGGAAAAGAAGAAAGCCGCCGCUGAAAAGCCACCCACCCAAGCCAAGAUCAUUCAGCUGGUCGAGAAAGUCGCCAAGGCAUACGAUGUGCAUGUGGUCCAGCACACCACCUCGUGGCAGUUUGAACGCAACGAAAUCGAAGGCAAGAAGAAGAUCAUCUUGUCUCCGGCCGACGGUGCCAAAGGGGAAGGCUCGGCUGAGGUCGGCGAAGUGUGGGGUGUCGAGAUGGGUCUCAGCUUGGGAUCCGGCAAGGUGAAGGAGUUGGACAAACGCUCCACUCUCCUGAGGAGAACCACCACGACGUAUGGUCUGAAGCGGCCAAGUUCGAGACAGGUCCUGUCGGAAAUCGUCAAGAAAUUCGGCACCUUCCCGUUCAGUCUCCGUCAAUUGGACGACGAGAGAGCCGGCAAGGUCGGCGUGGUCGAAUGCAUCAGAUCUGGUGUUCUCCGCGAAUACAGACCUUCGGCUGAGCAAGACGGAUCGCCCGUGUCCAGACUGUUCACCACCAUUGCGAUCACCAAGAAUGGCUUGACCCGUCUGGCAGCUCCGCCUCCAUUGGAUCUCGACUCGAUCAAAUCGGACAAGAAGAUUGAAGACGAGGAAAUCCUCAAGAUCCUGGAGCAGCCUACGAGCAAGUCUACGGGAACGAAGAGCAAGAACAAGAAGAAGAAGAAGAAGAAGCCCGCCAAGAAGGCAGCUGCUGCUGCACCAGCGGAAGACGAGGAUGAAGAUGAUGAUUCGAGCGACGAAGAGUGA